GUUGACAGCAGCGGCGGGACGCGGCGGGUGGCGGGGUUCGGCGCCUCCGGUUCCUGCCCCGGCUUCAGAGGCGGCGGCGGCGGCGGCGGCGACGGCCCGGGAUGGCCUUCAUGGAGAAACCGCCAGCCCGCAAGGUGCUGCUGGACGACACGGUGCCGCUGACAGCGGCCGUCGAGGCGAGCCAGAGUCUGCAGUCGCACACGGAAUAUAUCAUUCGGGUACAGAGAGGAAUUUCUGCAGAAAAUAGCUGGCAGAUUGUCAGAAGAUACAGUGACUUCGAUUUACUUAACAACAGCUUGCAGAUUACAGGCCUAAGUCUGCCUCUUCCUCCCAAGAAACUGAUUGGAAACAUGGACCGUGAAUUCAUAGCCGAGAGGCAGAAAGGCCUGCAGAACUACCUUAAUGUUAUCAUGGCUAAUCAUGUCUUGUCCAAUUGUGAGCUGCUUAAGAAGUUUCUAGACCCAAACAACUAUUCUGCAAACUAUACUGAGAUCGCCUUACAGCAGGUUUCCAUGUUCUUCCGAUCAGAACCAAAGUGGGAGGUUGUAGAACCACUGAAAGACAUAGGUUGGAGAAUAAGGAAGAAAUAUUUCUUGAUGAAAAUUAAAAACCAACCAAAGGAGCGACUGGUGCUGAGCUGGGCUGAUCUUGGCCCAGACAAGUACUUGUCAGAUAAAGAUUUUCAAUGUCUAAUCAAGCUUCUGCCUUCCUGUGUGCACCCUUACAUCUAUCGGGUUACCUUUGCCACGGCUAGCGAAUCUUCAGCGUUGCUGAUUAGAACCUUUAAUGAUAAGGGAACUCUGAAGGAUCUGAUCUACAAGGCAAAACCAAAAGACCCCUUCCUAAAGAAAUACUGCAACCCUAAGAAAACCCAGGGCCUUGAACUCCAGCAAAUAAAAACAUAUGGACGGCAGAUAUUAGAGGUACUAAAGUUCCUUCAUGACAAGGGAUUCCCUUAUGGCCAUCUCCAUGCAGCUAACGUGAUGCUGGAUGGUAACACUUGCCGUCUGCUAGAUCUCGAAAACUCUUUAUUGGGUCUUCCUUCCUUCUACCGAUCCUACUUCACACAGUUCAGGAAGAUCAAUACAUUGGAAAGUGUAGAUGUCCACUGUUUCGGCCACUUACUCUAUGAAAUGACUUAUGGACGACCUCCAGACUCCGUGCCUGUGGACUCCUUCCCUCCGGCGUCAUCCAUGGCUGUGGUGGCCGUACUGGAGUCUACGCUGUCUUGUGAAGCCUGUAAAAACGGCAUGCCGACCGUCUCCCGGCUCUUACAGAUGCCAUUAUUCAGUGAUGUUUUACUAACAACUUCAGAAAAGCCACAGUUUAAGAUUCCCACGAAACUAAGAGAGGCACUGAGAAUCGCCAAGGAAUGUAUAGAGAAGAGACUCACCGAGGAACAGAAGCAGAUUCACCAGCAUCGAAGACUAACGAGAGCUCAGUCACACCAUGGAUCUGAGGAGGAAAGGAAAAGGAGAAAGAUCUUAGCUCGAAAGAAGUCAAAACGAUCUGCUGUUGAAAACAGUGAAGAGCAGCCAGUGAAGCACAGCAACGCCAAUAACUCAGCAGGAUCUGGGGCCAGCUCACCUCUCACAUCCCCAUCAUCUCCAACUCCACCCUCCACGGCAGGACUGUCUUCAGCGUUACCUCCACCUCCUCCGCCUCCGCCACCUCCACCGCCACCAGCAGGGCCCUCCCCAGGCACCGAGAUGCCUGCUCCGCCCCUGCCCCAGGCCGUGAAUGGUGUGAACCGUGGGGCCUUGCUCAGCUCCAUCCAGAAUUUCCAAAAGGGAACUUUGAGGAAAGCCAAAACCUGUGAUCACAGUGCUCCUAAGAUUGGCUGAUACUUCUUGGUUACACUGGAGGGCAAGCUCUUUGGUCCCGUCCCACCCUUUGAGUCCCUCCUUCCUGGGUGAGUUCUUCCACAACUUCCCUCAAGCCCCUUCCUGGGUGAACCCUUGCAGAGCCCGUACAGCCAGUCCUGCAGACACUCCAGUCAGGAGGCUUUUCAAGAGGGAAAUGUUCUCCAGAUAGAAUAAAGAGGGGCCAGCAUUGCUGCCUUAGUAGUUUGCUCCUUUGUGACUCUAAUGGGCUUCCUUUAGGGGCAGCAUCAUAUGGGUUAUCGUUUUCACCAGCGAAAGGAAAAUGACAGAGAAUCAAAAGCAAUGACAAUAUUCUGUCACAGCAGCGAAUGGCCUUUGUCACUCUGUCAAGGUGUUCUCAUAGCUCAUUCCUCCGAAGCAUCUUUUGGUGAUUUCUUAGGUAGCACCCACGUGUACUCGCUACUCUGCCCCAGAUGCUAACACUAACCAAGGCAGUUAUGCUGCUGAAGCAAAGGAACGGGCUCUUCGUUCUUCUGUAUACCGUAGGGAUGGGGAGCUCCUCAGGGAAUCCCACUGUGCUGAGAGCAGCAGCUCUGGGUGCAUAGUCAGCCACAGUGUACCAGACACGGCACUGACCACAGCUAAAGCUCUUGCCAGUUGAAGGACUGUCUCAGUCCUCAGCAAUUAAAUCCAGUGGGGGUAGAGGGAGGGCCAACAUUACAAGUGAAUCUGGCAUCUAUAGUGAUCACUUCUGAUCUGAUUUAUCCAACUUCAGCAUCUUUUUGAUAUUACUCAGUUAUCAGAAAUCUUUUAUCCUAUGAUUUGCUUAAACCUUUUAAAUAAAUUGCACUUUAAAGGAUUAUAAAAAAUCCAUUUUAAAAUUCAAAUACACACAUCAGUGUUGGUUACUAUGCAGAAAGAAUGUUAUUGUGUAUAGUCUCAUGUAAUCUGUGAUACAUGUUCAGCUGUAUUUUUUAUUAAAAGAAAUCAUGUCAAGAAA